AUGGACUACCAAGGAUGGAGCGCCGCCGCCGCCGCUCACCUCCCCUUCAUCCCUCUCUCGCAUUUUCGGCAGCGGACGACCAAGGAGGAGCCGGCGCUGCAAAUCUGCUCCGAUUGCGCCUCGCAUUUGUGUGAGAGUAGUGAGAGAAGUGGCAUUCCUUACAUCAACACUUUUGAUGGAAUGACCAUUCGCUACCCAGACCCUCUUAUCAAGGCUAAUGACACUAUCAAGCUAGAUCUUGAUAGCAACAAAAUUGUUGAUUUCAUCAAAUACGAUGUGGGCAAUGUUGUCAUGGUGAUUGGUGGUAGGAACAGGGGACGUGUUGGUGUGAUCAAGAACCGUGAGAAACAUAAGGGAAGCUUCGAGACUCUUCACAUUGAGGAUGCUUCUGGCCAUGAGUUUGCCACCAGAUCGGGGAAUGUGUUUACAAUUGGUAAGGGUACUAAGCCCUGGAUAUCUCUUCCAAAGGGCAAAGGCAUUAAGUUGACCAUCAUUGAGGAGGCGAGGAAGAGGAUCCAGCUCAGUCUGUUGCUAUAG